AUGCCGACCGCCUCCUGCCUCCGCCCCUCCGCCUCGCCCUUCGACGAGCUCUACGCGCGGGGAAGGCCCAUCCACGGCCCCUCCAAGAAAUCUACCUUGUGGAAUUUGAUCCAAGACAUAGAGCCUUUGGAUCUUAGUGUCAUUCAGAAAGAUGUUCCUCUUGAAACGGUUGAUGCAAUGAAGAGGACCAUCUCUGGCAUGUUGGGUCUGCUUCCAUCUGAUCAGUUCCGUGUUGUUGUAGAAGCCCUUUGGAGUCCAUUUUUCAAGUUAUUGGUAUCUUCAAUCAUGACUGGGUAUACUCUACGUAAUGCUGAAUGCAGGCUCUCUUUUGAAAGGAACCUAGAACUUUCUGAAGAAGAUGCUGAAUGUGAGAAAAGAGACACGACUGAAGAUAAUCUUCAUGAUAUCAAUUUGGGUAGGCCUGUUACAAUUUUCAGAUUAUCGGAAGACGACAUGCCCCAGGACUCUGGAAAAAGUGACGAAGAAUCAUCUGGUGAGAGUAUGGGGGAAAUGUUAAGUAACUUAACACCCCAAGUGGAAGAGCAGAUUAUUCGGUUGCAAUCUCGUUUGGAUGCGAUGAAAAAGGAGUUGCAUGACCUGAAGAGGAAAAAUUCUGCCCUUCAAAUGCAACAGUUUGUUGGAGAAGAGAAAAAUGAUCUGCUAGACUAUCUAAGAUCCCUAACACCAGAGAAGGUUGCUGAACUCUCGGAAUCCACCUGUCCCGGUGUGCAAGAGGCUAUCCAGUCUGUUGUGCAUGGUUUGCUUGCUACUCUUUCCCCCAAGGUACACUCAAAGUCUCCUCCGCCACUAGAGAAUGCUGGGGGAGCCCUAAAUCGUGGGGGUGAGGACGAUGACUGUGCAGAGCUUGUCGAGAAUACUUCCCUCCCGUUUCAGCCCCUAAUAUCUGUCCCACGUGAUUAUCUUGCACGUUUGCUAUUCUGGUGCAUGUUGCUGGGUCACUACAUCCGGGGUCUGGAAUACCGGUUAGAGCUGGCACACCUUCUCAGAAUAUCUAGCGACGUGGGGUCUUUCCCCAUUGAUGACAAUCAUUUUAUUUGA